AAAAAACAUUAUGGCAGAGGCAGCAGGUGGUUCCAAUCAACAACAGCAACCGAAUAACAACGGCAGUGGUUCAGCAGCGUCAUCGUCAACACACACCGAUAAUCCCAAUGCAGAAAUAAUUCGUGGCCAGAUAUUUGAAGUUGGUCCACGCUAUCGUAACUUGGCCUAUAUCGGUGAAGGUGCUUAUGGUAUGGUAGUAUCGGCAUAUGACACACGAACGAAUACAAAAGUGGCGAUAAAGAAAAUAUCACCCUUCGAACAUCAAACAUAUUGUCAACGCACAUUACGCGAAAUCAAAAUUUUAACUCGCUUCAAACAUGAAAAUAUAAUCGAUAUACGUGAUAUUUUAAGGGUGGACAGCAUAGAGCAAAUGCGUGAUGUAUAUAUUGUACAGUGUUUAAUGGAGACUGAUCUAUAUAAAUUACUUAAAACCCAGAGGCUAAGCAACGAUCACAUUUGCUACUUUAUGUAUCAAAUUCUGCGUGGUUUAAAAUACAUUCACUCUGCUAAUGUAUUACAUAGGGAUUUGAAGCCAAGUAACCUACUAUUGAAUACAACAUGCGACCUGAAGAUAUGCGAUUUUGGUUUGGCCCGUGUAGCUGAUCCGGAACAUGAUCACACUGGUUUCCUUACAGAGUAUGUUGCUACUCGUUGGUACCGAGCACCCGAAAUAAUGCUCAACUCUAAGGGAUAUACCAAAUCAAUAGAUAUCUGGUCCGUUGGCUGUAUUUUAGCAGAAAUGCUUAGCAAUCGACCCAUAUUUCCAGGAAAACAUUACCUGGAUCAAUUGAAUCAUAUUUUAGGUGUUCUUGGAUCACCAUCUAAGGAGGAUCUGGAAUGCAUUAUCAACGAGAAGGCACGCAACUAUUUGGAGUCAUUGCCAUUCAAACCAAAAGUGCCCUGGCCACGGUUAUUCCCCAAUGCCGAUGAAUGGGCCCUGGACCUGUUAGGCAAAAUGUUAACGUUUAAUCCUCACAAUAGAAUAUCUGUCGAAGAAGCAUUAGCGAAUCCCUAUUUGGAACAGUAUUAUGAUCCUGGAGAUGAGCCCGUUGCAGAAGUACCUUUUCGUAUUGGAAUGGAACUAGAUGAUCUUCCAAGAGAAACCUUAAAGAAGCUUAUAUUCGAGGAAACUCUAAAGUUUAAAGAGCGCCAACCCGACCCAUAAGCUGUAAUAAAUUAGAUCAAGUGAUUCUGUAUGUGAA